AAGGCUUUGUUGAGCAUCUACUUUGUGUCAGACCCCUUGUCAGCACCGCGUGGAAGGUCAAAAAGCACUGGCUCCUACCAUACCCACUUCGCUCACGCUCCCACCCCUCUUCCUGCUUUCUUGUUUUCUUCGGAGGGCUUCACUCCUGCGACUUCCGCACCGCUCUCUCGUUCCAGGCACUGAUCUCCAGUUUGUCCUGCAGGCAGUAACUGGAACCGGGCUUCCCACCGAGUUCGUUCCUUAGCUGAACAGCAGCCGGGCGGGCCGGGCCUCAACCCCGGCGGGGUCGCGGCGAGGAGCCUCUUUGACCUGGGAAAGGCCCGUGUGCUCUUCCCAGUUAGGAGGCCGACUCCGCCUUAGGCGGGAAUGGCUGCUGCAGUGUCUGUCCGCACCAUAGUUGCCUCUAAAAACACAAACCAUCCAGGGGUCCCGAGAGCAAACGCCAGCCCCAUCCCCAAGUCAAAUGACGGAAGAAACGUCAGAUCCUUCCAGUUCUCACAGCCGAGUCUCUGUUGGCUAGAUCUCGGCCGGAAGUGGGGGGCCUGAGGCGGAAGGGGUGGGGCUGGGAGCCCCUUCCGGCGACUGCGCCACGUCCGAGGAGGCUGUAGGCGAGCGGUGACAGAUCGCGGGGUCGGAGCUGGACGCGAUGGCGGACUGGGCUCGGGCUCAGAGCCCUGGUGCUGUGGAAGAGAUUCUAGACCGAGAUAACAAGCGGAUGGCUGACAGCUUGGCCUCCAAGGUCACCAGACUCAAAUCGCUGGCUCUGGACAUUGAUAGGGAUGCGGAGGACCAGAACCGGUACCUGGACGGCAUGGACUCAGAUUUCACAAGUAUGACGGGCCUACUCACAGGGAGUGUGAAGCGGUUUUCCACAAUGGCGCGAUCUGGGCGAGACAACCGGAAGCUUCUUUGUGGUAUGGCUGUGGGCCUGAUUGUGGCCUUCUUCAUCCUCUCCUACCUCCUGUCGAGGGCAAGGACGUGAGCCAGUGGGAGCUGGCUUCAGUGGCUGCCUGGGGAAACCAGGAUCUUCCUCUGUCUGGUGUUUUGGGCUCCAGAGAACUUGUUUACAAAAUACUGCUUUGAAAUGAUGAUCAUGGCUUAGGAAUCUUCUUCCUGCGUGGUUGGGAGCCUCUAACCCAGUGAGCUCAUGUUAGCUGGUUCUAUGUGUGCAAGGGCCCUAUCCCUGUGGGGUAGCCAAGGCCCAGCUCCCUCUGCCACCUUGGGCUCUAGAAGCCCCAGCAGUGUUGAGUCCAAGCAGAGCAUCUGGGAAUCCUGGACACGGCCACCUGUGAGCAGCAGUCCUUUCCUCGUCCCUCAAGGUUCUGAACAUCUCAAGGCUCCUCUAUGCUGUCUUGGUCUGGAUGAGGCUGUGUCUGAUAUUUGAGUUGCCUGGAGCUGACACAGGAAGGGGGUGUGGCUGUGAAGCUCAAAUCAUUGCUGUCACCUCCAACUGAGUGUCCUCAGCCCGGAGAUUGCAGUUUCUCUGGCCAGGGCUGCUGGUCAUCCGUGACCCAGUGAGAUUCAAAGGUCCUGCUGAAUGUCCUCUUCCUGCCCUCCAAUCCCACGACUGAAACCAGACCCUCAGGGAUGGGCAGGGGGUUGUGGAUGGAGGAAGGAUCUGUAGCCUUGGCUGAAGACUUGGGAUCCAGAUCCUGGCAAUUUCCCAGCCAUGUAUCUAGGAGCAGAAGCUAAUGUUUUCAUGGGAUUCAGGAUCUACCCAGCACCAGAGAUCUGUUUCCAGGAGGCUAGAUCUCUAGAAACAGGUCCAUCUGAUGCUUAAGUCAGGCAAGGUGUGAAGCGGGGCUUUUACGGGUGUAGGCAGGAGGUUUCUGGAUAAUGACUGUUUUUUAGGACCUAUAGGUCACUUUUUGAGGGUUCGUGGGCAGUUUCCACUAAGCUAACCCUAACCCAGCAGUGUCUGCCCACCUCUCCUUGGGCCCUCAGUGUCCACUUGGUCAGUCCCCUGCUCAUAUGAACUGAACUAACAGGCCCAGCCAAACCAGUGGCUUCUUUGUACCUCACUGUGAGUCCCCAGUAUCCUUGUCUUUCCAUAAAAAACACUUGUAAGAAACAAGUCAUUGGCUCUGUGUCUUUCCUGGUUCCUGCUCCCAUCCUCUUAGUUACGCACCUGACUCUCUGAGGGCUGUUGGCUCACUGUGCAGCUGCCCGCACACUCAGGCCAUGUGUGGUGCGUCAGCUCUGCUCGCCCACCUUGUUCUCUUCUCUGGCCAUGUGGACCUCGCCUUCUGGCCCUGCCACUCCUGCUCCUUUUCCUCCUGCUCUCCCUUGUUCUCUGCCUAGCAGGUCUGGCCUCUCCUGACACUUGCCAUGGAGCCCUUUUCUCCACUGCAGUUGGCUGGGCCGUUGGCUUCCUGAGUGGUCUGCUUGACUGUUCCCCUCCCUCCGGUGUGUGCUUCUCAGCCAGUAAGGUUGGCUCACUUGCCUCUGUGUCCCUGGGGCUUGGGUGUUUCUCUGUCCUCCUUGACAUUCCUUCACAGGCCCCUGUGGUCAUGCCUUGAUCCCCAUUCUUCUGUAUACCACAGCUUUGGCUUUGCUCUCUGCCCGUCUCACAGUGAACCUAGUCAUAGGGACAUGUCCACUGGUCACCAUGCUCAAAGCUGCUACCCAUAUAUAUCUGGUCACUGCAGGAGCAGCAGAUACCCCCAGACCUGAACUCCGUGGCCCCUGCCUUUUCUGGGUCUGCUAGACUUGCUUCCUGAGAAAGUGGCUCAGCCAGGGCAGCCUUCCCCCCUCUGGCCUGCUCCAAAGCAGACCAGGAAUUUGGAGUUCGUGUUUCAGGGUGGUGUUUUCUGAGGAAAGUGAAAGUUGCUCAGUUGUGUCUGACUCUUUGUGACUCCAUGUACUGUAGUUCAUGGAAUUCUCCAAACAAUACUGGAGUGGGUAGCCUUUCCCUUCUCCAGGGAAUCUUCCCAUCCCAUCCCAGGACUCCUGCAUUGCAGGCAGGUUCUUUACCAACUGAGCUGUCAGUGAAGUCCCUUCUGUGAGGAGGACUUGGCCAUCUCUGAGACCUUCACUUGCUGUGUUUUUUUCCCUCAGGUUGCCCCCUGUGCCUCCCUGCUUUUCCAUCUCUAUGACUCUUUGUAGCCUUUCCAGCUAUUUGGGGGUUUGGGUAUUUGUUUCUCAUUGUGUUAGAUGAAUUCCUGAAGUGGGCAUGGAGCUCUGCUGUGCUGUCAGCAGGGUUUCCUGUGGGCCUUCACCCUCUCCUCCUCAGCCCUGUACACUGAGCACCUAAUCCCGUGGAUAAGUGGGGUUUGCUGACAGUGAUCUCUGAGACUAUGAAACAGAGACGGACUUGAGGACUUUCGGUGUCAGGUGUGGACAAACAGCCAGGUUCUAUCCCUUAAGUCAAAGACAAGGCAUUUAGCAAUAAAAACUUGAAAUAAACAGUAUCGUGAUAAAGUAAA